CUCGACAUCUAACCUCACAUUUUUAAAAUUGCACUGAUAGUAACCGCUAAGCGGCGUUGAUCAAUUUCUUACGUUUUAUAAUUAAUAUAUACUAAGGUGGACUAUUCAAAGCUGUAUAUAAAUUACCUCCAAGAUGAAUAUAACAAGACAAACCGAAAAGAGUUUCAUGGAGAGCGUCCGCCUAGAUUCCCUAAGGAUAGAACAGGCAGGAAGGACAAUGGAAAAUUUCUUGGGCAAAGACAGCGCUGCUCCCACUUUAACAAACUUAUUGAAUGUAUCUCCACAAUCGGGCCCCGCAGCUAGCGGUUUUAUCGAACAUGAUUAUCCAGUUCUAAGUGGAAUGCAACUUUCAAUAAACAACAUGACACAGAUGAAAACAUUGAAACAAGUACCUCUUCCUCCAGAAGUUAUGGAACAUUUUGGACAUGUGCAAUGUCACUGUAUGAUGGGGUUAUUUCCUGAAAUAAACCGAGCCUGGUUAACAGUAGAUAGUGACAUAUAUGUUUGGACUUACGAAGAAAAUUCUGAUUUGGCCUAUUUUGAUGGUUUAAGUGAAACAAUAUUAUGCGUGGGAUUAGUGAAACCGAAACCUAGAGUGUUCCAUAAUUUCAUCAAAUAUUUGCUUGUAAUAUGUACAUCUGUAGAUAUAGUUGUUCUGGGUGUUACGUUUGGAGAAAGUCCUAAUGAUAAAAUGGCUGAGAUACAGCUGAUACCUGAUCCAGUUUUCACUAUUCCUACAGAUGGUGCCACUAUUUCUACAGUUGCUGGAACAUCUCAAGGCCGGAUAUUUUUAGGUAGCAAAGAAGGAAAUGUGUUUGAAUUGGAAUAUCAAGCUGAGAGUGGUUGGUUUGGGAAGAGAUGCAAAAAAGUGAACCAUUCCACAAGUGCCUUAUCGUUUUUGGUACCAGCUUUCAUAAAUGCCGCUUUAGGAGAAGACGAUGGGAUCACACAAAUAUCUGUAGAUAACUCAAGACACAUCUUAUAUGUUUUAACAGAUAAAGGUGCUAUUGAAGUUUGUGAUUUGGGUGAAAAAGGCAAUAGCUAUUCUCGAGUAACCAAAGUCUCACAGUCUAACCUAGUUCAACAAGCUGUUCAUACAGUAAAAACUCUAGAUUCUCAAAGUUUUCGUCCUAUAGUGUUCAUAAGUGCUGUGGAAUCGACAGAAUCUCCAUUCACAAACUUGGUGGCUGUAACUCAGACUGGUAUCCGUUUAUAUUUGUCCACAUCCAGUUUGAGUAAUCCACAACCUAAUCAGCGUCCGUACACCUUAUGUUUACAGCAUGUAAGACUUCCACCAGGGUAUUCAGCCAACAUUACUGUGCGACCUAGAAUGGUGCACACAGGGAACUAUAGGGACCGUAAUUGUGUUUUAGUAUCUACAGUAAAUGAGAUCGACGUAUUAUGGUGUAUUUCGGCAGACAUGUUUCCUUUCAGUCAUUCCUUGAUGGAAGCAUAUACAACAAUCAAUUUGGGAGCCUCUGCCAUAGCAGUUUCAGAAGUUAGACAAGCACUUCCCGCAACAGACCUUUAUGAUGCGAAUCAAGAGUUUGUGCCGCUUGUCGUUCGUCAACAUUACGAACCGCCAAAAAAAUAUGUUGUUCUCACCUCACAAGGGGUCCACAUACUUUUAAAACUUCGUCCAGUAGACUUGUUGAGACAGUUCCUACUUGAUGGCCGGGGAGCCGACUCAGAAGCAGUGAAAAGCUUUUUUAUGGUAGAAACCGAAGACCAAGCUUGCGCUACAAGUCUAAUUUUGGCCUCCUUAGAGAGUCAAACGAAUGCAGAGCUGGCCGAGGCAGCUACUAGGGCCUUUUUCAUCUUCGGAGGUGAGCCUAAGCUAACUGGAAGCACAACGUUCAAUCAAACCCAACUCAGAUCUACCUUAUUCCAACCGAAUGUCAUUUCAACACCUGCUCCCCACCAUUUGACCCAAAACCAAUUCCAAGGAAGCAACUUGGACCUUACUCAAACUUUGCCGUUCACUGCCCAAGCCCUCUUUCAAUUUUCGUCCAAACACAACGGACUCUAUUUGUAUUUUGGAAGAAUUUUACGACCCAUGUGGGGUAAGAAGUGUGUGCAACAGGUGUCCGUAGAUCCAAACUCAAAAGUCUUUGUUUUUUCUUCAACGGUGAAUGGUGACCAAGUCGGCAUGAUCCUAAAUAAUUUAAUGGCUCUGCAUAACUUCUUAUUGAUCAAUACUCAACUCUGCGUUUGUGGUCCCACCCAAAGCCAUAAUAUGUCGUUGAACAACACCAUGGUUCGAUCCAGUUACACUCUGCAGGAUGCACAAUUGGAAGAAAGGCAAUCGUUGGACUCCUUAAAGAUGAUGGUAUGCCAUUGUUGCCAAGUCCUUGGCCUCUGGAAGAUUCUCUGCGAACAUCAGCUUCACGAUUUGAUAGCUUCAUUGCAAGAAAACUACCAGAAAAUGUUGGAGAACACGACUUUCAAAGACUUGUGUCUGCAUGGACAAGAGAUCUGCAACCUCCUUAUAACUGCCCUAGUCAAUAGCUAUCUGGGAGACAAUGCUUCAGUUGAUUCUAUCGCUGGCCGACUUCGACAAGUUUGCCCCAGCUUCUACAAAUCAGAAGAUGCUGCAUUUUCCAAGGCUAUUGAAAUGUUGAAGGCCUCUCAAGGUACUCAAAAUUCUGACGAGAAAGAAGAAUUGAUAACUUCAGCGUUGAAUCUUUGCAAAUCGAUCACUCCAAACAUAAUUCUACGUGAAGUUUGCAUCCAAUUCACCCACCUUAAGGCGUACAAAGCAGUGAUCGAGCUGUGUUACGUUACCGGUCAGAAGGUGGAUCCCGAUCGGAUAGCUGAGCAUUUCUACAAGCAAAGAGACGAAGCCGAUGAUGAAGGUUUGAGUUACUACUGCAGAAGAGCUGAAAUUUAUCAAGAAAUUCUGCAGAUGUUGGAUACUGUCCAUCUGCAAAGCGAAGAUUCCAACAUUUCUAAUAUCAACAGAUCUCAAGUUUCACCGGAAGAUGGACUCGAUAUGACCAGGAGAAUAAUCCAAGAAAUUCUUGAUACCGACGAUGAUAUAAUGCAGAUUGUGGUAUACGGUUGGAUGAUUUCCAAACACAUGACCAACGAUCUGAUCAAAAUCAGUAAUCAAUCAUUGGAAAUGUUUCUCACGCACAAUUCACAGCAGAAUUGCGAUAUUGAGGUUAUGGAUCUACUGUGGAAGUAUUACGAAAGUAACAACAAUCACUCUGCAGCUGCUAAAAUAUUGGCCAAAUUGGCUGCUUUGGAGGGCAAUAAGCUGAAUUUGAAGCAACGUUUGGCUUACCUGGCUCGUGCCAUCAUGUGCAUGAGCAAUUCGCAAACGGGAUACGCCCCCUGUUUGGGUGUAUACCUUAGAGACCUGGAGGAUAAACUGGAUGUGGCAAAAGUCCAGGAACAGAUUCUCAACGCUUUGAAGAACAACAACUCCAGUCGCAACCCUGCCGUUGAGGAGGCUGUAGCGGCUUUAGAUUCGGGACUUUACCAAAUUUCUCAACUGUACGAGAACUUUGCCGAUCCCUUCGAAUUAUGGGAAUGCAAGUUGGCAAUCAUCGAUUGUGCAGGGUAUUCGGAUUCUCCGUUGGUGGAAUCGAUUUGGAAGAAUAUCUUGAAGAACGAGUUGAAGAGUUCGUCCCUCAUAAACAGUGCGAACGAUAGGUUGAGUCAGAUUUUAAGUAAAGUUAAAAUGUUGGCUAGGACAUAUUCGUCUUCGGUGAACUGUUUUCCUCUAGAAUAUUUAGUUCACGAGUUGGAAGUUAUAAGUGUUACGCUCAGAAGUUCGAAGUCUUUAGUUCCGCAAAGUUUGAUUUCCAUGAACAUCCCCAUGGAAAAACUUAUUCUGGUUUACAACCGUUUGAUAUCGAUAACGAGCAACGAGUCUUUCUGGAAGAUAGAAGAGCACGAGUUCCAUUUUGCCGAGUCCAUAGCAGCUUUGAUCAGUUGUUUUUUGGAGGACAGCGGCCAGUAUAACAAUGUUGCCAAAAGAAGAGUGAUUUCGUUGUGCCAAGAUGCGGUUGCUGGGAUUUUGUCCAAUCUUUACAGUAAACCAAACACAGACGAACUGGUGACGGUUUUGAGAAGCAUUCAGGCCAGACUUUCUAGGUUAUAAUUUAGUGGAAUUGUUUUUUUUUUGUGUAUGGAAUUGAUUUACAAUCUGUGAAGAACUAUUUAUAUUUUUAUUGAAAUAA